AUGGAUUCCCUGGAGCACAGAGGCAAAACGGAAGAGGAAGGGUCAGCUGGUCGUCAAGGAGGAAAACGUCAUGAUGCUAUCAAGACUGAGAGCAGUGAGGAAUUCUGGGAAAGAGCCCUGCAGAAGAGCUUGCAUGAGGACAGCCCCUGCAGUGACAAACGGCAGCAAAGCUUCAGGCAGUUCCUCUACCAUCAGGCCGAGGGGCCCCGAGAGGCGGUGGCCCUGGCGGAAGGUUUCCUGCUGAGUCAGAUGGAAGCCAAGAAGCAGGAAGGGCAGGGACCACCCAAAGCAGAGGAGGGUACACCUGAUGCCAAGGAGACGUCAUUGCCAAAGGGGCUCCAGAGGGACCAAAGCAUCACUUCUCAAGGCAGUGGAAUGGUGCCAGCAAUGCAUUCUGGGUCUCCUCUCCUUGGUGAUGGAAUGGAACCAGGUCAGUGUCUGAUGUCUUUCGAAGAUGUUGCUGUGUAUUUCACCAAGGAAGAGUGGGCUUUGCUGGAUCGAGACCAGAGAAACCUGCACUGGGAAGUCAUGAUGGAGAAUUAUGGGAAUGUGGCCUAUUUGGCAGGUGGACAGGAAAGGCAGAAUGAGAGCAGGCCAUUCACACCAUACUUGGAAGAAAAAGGACAUCAGAGAAGGAGAACAACAGAAGAUCAGGCCAGGAAGAAUUGUAAUUCCUCUCCUCCUCAAAGUGAUGACUUGCAUGAAAUCUUAGUGCAAGAAAAAGUAGUCGAAGGAAAGGAAUGGGCUCAGGGGCCCAUGUUUGGGGAAAGCUUCAGUAUGAAGUCAAACCUUAAUGCUCAUUGGCAAAUCCAUACUGGUGAGAAACCAUAUAAAUGCUUGGAGUGUGGAAAGAACUUCACCUGGAGCUCAACAUUAGCUACACAUCAAAGAAUACACACUGAGGAAGAACCCUACAAAUGCUCCGUGUGUGGAAAAAACUUCAGCACUGCCGCAGUCCUUAUUAGACAUCUAAGAAUACACACAGGAGAGAAACCAUAUGUGUGCUUGCAGUGUGGGAAAAGUUUCUGUCAGAGCUCAUCCCUCACCAGGCAUCAAAGAAUCCACACAGGAGAAAAACCCUACAAAUGCUCAGUGUGUGGAAAGAGUUUCAGUGCGAGCUCUGUACUGAGUAAUCAUCAGAGAAUCCACACGGGGGAGAAACCAUUUCAGUGCUCAGAAUGUGGAAAGAACUUUUGCCAGAGGGCAAAACUUAUCAGGCAUCAAGCAGUUCACACUGGAGAGAAACCAUAUACAUGCUUGCAGUGUGGGAAGGGUUGCAGAGACAGACCCGAUCUGAUUUCCCACCAGAGAAUCCACACAGGAGAGAAACCAUAUCAGUGCUCAGUGUGUGGAAAGGGCUACGGUCAGAGCUCAUACCUCAACAAGCAUCAAAGAAUCCACACUGGGGAGAAGCCGUACAAAUGUUCAGAGUGCGGAAAGGGCUUCACUAUGAACUCAGUGCUUAAAAGACACCAAAGGAUUCACACUGGGGAGAAGCCAUACAAAUGCUCUGACAGCGACAUGAGUUUUUGUCCAAAAAUCUAGUCCUAAACGUUUAGCAGGAACUGCACACCCAUAAGAAACUGUAUAAAUGCUUUGAGCAUGGAAGAAGCUUCAAUCCUAGCACAAGCCUUCACAUCAAAGUAUGCACACAGGAACAAACCAUAUCAAUGCCUCUGGUGUAAGAAGAGCUUCAUUUGAAAAUGAAGCAUGGAUUUGCAUCAAAGAAUCAACAGAGGAAAUCUGUGUGUGAAUUCAGGAAAUGCUUGGCACAUAAAAAGAGCCUUCAGGUGCAGAUCAAAACUUCACCUCAAAGGAUUUACUCACCAGUAUAUAAAUAGCAUUUUACUAACUAAUCAAACCUUAAUAAUAAUCCAUGAAGGAUUCUGUUUCUCAUUUCCCUCUCUUGCAAGAAGAUCUUGCUAUAAUAUUACAUUCUCAUGGCUUUCCCACAUGGGAAAACUCCAGUGGCUGCACUCCAAGUGCACUUACAGAGAGUAAAUCCCACUGAAUAAAUGGAACUUCUGAGCAAACCUGCAGCUCAGAAGUUCCUGCAGCUAAAAGCACACUUUUAGUUUCCUGUGGGAUGAGAUUUUUUGGGCAUUUUUGUAAGAUAUAUUUACAAAUAUACAACUUUGAUCUUGGAGAAAUAAAUACAUGGGCUGGACCCAGUGAGAUGUUUCUACAGGUGCCAGGAUUUCUGCCCGUGGAGUGCAACUUUCUCGUCAUUUAGGGCUGCUGAGAUGCUAACUUUCUUGGCAUUUUGGGAAGCUGAGGAAGUCAUAUUCAGCUGGAUCCAGCCCAGCAGAUACCCUGAGAGACAGGACUUUGGUUUCUGAGUGCAGUGACAAAAGUAGUAUGUGGAUCCUUGGUAAGAGGGAGAUCCCUUUUGCAGGGAUCCAGCUAAUGUGAAAAUGGAGCCUUCUCUGUUUUCUCAGCAUGGGGUCAGGGACUCUCUAUGUCAGGGGAAGGGAGAUAGAAUCGCUUCCCCCACUUUGAAAGGGAUGGAGGUCAUAGAACUGUGGUGGUGUAGUAUUUAGAGUAUUGGGCUAGGAUCUGGUAGAGCCAUGUUCGAAUCCCGCUGUGCCAUAGAAGUAAAUCAACAGAGUUGCCACAGUCUAGGGUCACACACCUUCCCGAUCACUUCAGUGAAUUUACCCCAAAACAACCUGAGUGAUCAUAGGGAACCAUCAGCUCAAACUGGGCGGCAGGACAAUCCUAAUGCAAUCAUAAUAAUUAUUUCCAAUGUAAAAUGGAACAGGUUUUCACUCCAUUUCUCGCUGGAAGCUGACUUGGCGUUUUGUGAAAGAUGAGUGUCCCCACUCGGUUGUCCUUUUUCUAAAAUGAAAGUCCCAGACUUUUUAGCCUUUUCUCAUAGGAAACAUUAACCAUCUCAGUCAUCUUGGUUGACAUCUUCUAUACUUUUGCCAGCUCUGUAAUAUCCUUUCAGAGGCACAGCGACUGGAACCGCAGGUCUUGGAGGUGGCUGGCUCUGGGAACCAGUCUGACAUUUGCUGCUCCUUUUCUUUACUAGACAGCUAGGUCCUGCUUUUGGGGGGGGGGGAGGCGGAAUAAGGUGGUGUGAGAUUUUUUAAAAAUCUGUUCUUUUCUGUUUUAUCAAAUUGUUCUGUAAAUUUUUAAUAUUAUUGUUAUAUCGUUUUUAUAUGUUGUUAUAUUGCCUGAGAUGCUUGGGAGAAGGGUGGGUAUAAAAAAUAUACGUAUUUUAAAUAAAUAAAUAAAAUUGGCCCAAGUUUCCCAGUCCAGU